ACUAUCCGCUCGAAUCCGCUUCUAUUACAAUAUAAUAUUAUAUAUAUGAAUAUAUUAUAUUAUUUAUUAUAUAAAAUAUAAAAUAUGGUUCUUUCUGCUUUUCUGCUCGUACGUACGCCAAACCCUAAUAAUACCGUGUAAUACAUGCAUUCGGUGAAAAGCUCUGUUGUUAAGCAAACAAUAAAGAUAACUGAACAAAAAGAAAGAACUUGACAGACGCUGUAGUUGCAGUAAGCCGAAACUUAAUAUCGCAUUAAAAGGUGAAAAAAGCACACCUCUAGAGUAAUGUUCUAAACAUCGGAGAGUGUAUGUUUCAUAGCAAUGGAUAAAAGCAAAUCUCCAGUACGUCGCGCAAAACGUCAAUCAAAAGUAGUGGAAGAAAAUUUCUGGGACUGCAGCGUUUGCACCUACCGGAACACAGCCGAAGCAUUCAAGUGUUUGAUGUGCGACGUUCGAAAAGUGUACUCUGUUCCAGGAACAUCGACAAGAAAGCCCCGGCUUAAUUCAGCACUUGUGGCUCAACAGGCCGCUACACAAGUAUUUCCAAGUGUGUCUGGGCAGACGGCAGGAUCAGUUGUAAAGUCGCCGGCCAACAUGAAAGCAUCACGCAAUAAGAACAAACGUUCGAAGCAUCCACCGCGGUUAAAAAAUAUCGACCGUACUAGUGGCCAAACUCGUGAAGUAACUGUUAAUUCUGUAACUGUUGUAAUUACCGAAUACAAGCCAAAACCUCCGACCGUUAGUCGGAAUGAGUCAAGUGAAAGUUUUAGCGAAAGCAAUGACUCUAGAAGCUAAAGUGUUUCACGACUAGUUGAAGAACUAUUAUGACUGUCGGAAAUGAUAAAAUACAACCCAACUAAUGAAUCGCCAUCAGUUGUAUAUUAGACGAUUGAUUAAGGGAACCAAACUAAAGGUAAUUUAAAGAAAUAUCAACAGUAGGUUCGUUCAUCAGUUUCGAAAUGAGAAAAAUCCAAUGACGGUUUUACAUGUAUGCCCUUUAAAGGCUAUACUUAGUUACUUUUGUACGUAAUUCUGAUAUGUUUCGACUGAUAUUCAACUGUUUCAAAAUCUUGAAAGACGUGUAAAAUUGUUAUUGUAAUUAUAAAAUUUUCAUUUAACGUUUAAUUGUAUGAUUUACUUCAACGAUUAUUGAUGUUCUCAUACUGUUUUGGAGAUAAGGUGUUUCUUACACAUUGCGUUAGAAAGGUUUAUUUAAAAUUAAUCUUCACUUAUAUCACUAAUUAUUAUUAUUAUUGCCAGUUAAUAAUAAUAACGUCGAGCAAACUGCAGCAGAUACAUGUUCUUUGUUGUUUCCAGUCCUCGAUUUGAUUGGGUGAAGUGGUUGCCGAGACCCCCACAGUCCUGUAAUCUUAGUCAUAUUGACCAUUUGUCCAAUGGGUUGAAGAGCCUGUAUACCCAUCCUAGGAUAUUCGGAUAAUAUGUUACCGCUCUGUACGGCGUGGUCGAGUGUAGGAGCAGUAAGGGAGGAAACCCAUAGCAUUUUUCGGAAGCCGUUGGUUCCCACCCGUUUACUAAUAAUGCAACACAAAUAGCGAUAAAACCAAGUUGUAACUGCCUAUCGAUUGUUAACAUCUACAUUGUUUAUAGUCUUGUCCGCUAAUGUGAUUUUUAUAUACACUGAAGAUUAUUGUAUUUCAGUUUGUGCUAUUAUUGCUUUAUUUGACGUAAAUACCUCAAAUACCAUUUGGAGGUGGCCUGACUUAUCGGGAAAAACUUAUAUACAUUCGUUUUUUACAUUUUAUUAUGAAACUAUGUAUUGAAUCAUUUUAACUUACAAGUACAUUGGAAGCUGCAAAC